AUGAAAGGCCCACUCUCAUUGGUUCUUGGAGCUUUGAAACAGCCCAAUGGAUUCCUGAGACAGCCCAAGAGAUUCCUGAGACAGCCCAAGGGAUUCCUGAUACAGCCCAAGAGGUUCCUGAGACAGCCCAAGGGAUUCCUGAGACACCCCAAGAGAUUCAUGAGACAGUACAAUGGAUUCCUGAUACAGCCCAAGAGAUUCCUGAGACAGCCCAAGGGAUUCCUGAGACAGCCCAAGGGAUUCCUGAUACAGCCCAAGAGAUUCCUGAGACAGCCCAAGAGAUUCCUGAGACAGCCAAAGAGAUUCCUGAUACAGCACAAGAGAUUCUUGAGACAGCCCAAGAUAUUCCUGAGACAGCCCAAGGGAUUCCUGAUACAGCCCAAGAGAUUCCUGAGACAGCCCAAGGGAUUCCUGAGACACCCCAAGAGAUUCCUGAGACACCCCAAGAGAUUCCUGAGACAGCCCAAGGGAUUCCUGAGACACCCCAAGGGAUUCCUGAGACACCCCAAGAGAUUCCUGAGACAGCCCAGGAAAUUCAUGACACAGCCCAAGGGAUUCUGA